UCCUUGGAAACUGUGGCUACGGAUCAGGGCGUUCCGGUACCAGGGCUCCCGAGGUGGAAAAAGUACAAGAAGGAAUUGUUUGGCUUGUCUGUCACUUUGUAAACGUUUCCUGAAGGAUUAAGCUAACGCUUGGUUUACCUUUACUAACUGUUAACAGUAGCAAUUUGGGAUGUUUUAAACUUCUCUAUUUCGCUCUCAAACUGAUAAUAACAUGGAAAUGAACUUGGUGGGGGAAAAAAAAAUCUUCAAAGGAAAAUUUUGCCCCAAAUUCCUUAGAUUGGUUUAUUUUGCUCUUUUAAGAAUGGUUUAUGUAAAUCUGAAAUUGGCCACAGUUCGGUAUCAGACAGCGUCCAUUAUUUGUUUCCUACUUAUCACUUCCAAAAACAAAGCUUGAUUCCCAUAUAAAGCAUACCACAAAGAACAGAAGGUCAAAGGGGGACAUGGGAGAUAUUCUGACGGCUUAAAAGCUUUCAGCAAAUCAAUCGGCAGCAGUACGAGACAGAUAUUUUCACCCACUUCUGGGCCUCACGGAGAAUCAGCUCCCAGAAAUGCACUCUCGGUACCAGCACCCUAGCCCUUUGCUCCUUACUCCAGCAAGUUUCUGCACGUCAACACUUAGCUUCCAUAGGGACUGUCACUCAAGCUAGAAAGGCCUUGAUCUCCGCUUGCUCCGCCCCCUGGCUCCGGAAAUUACAUCAAGGCACUCGUCGGUCCCGCCCCCGGACGUAGGGCUUUUCUAUCCGGAUUCUUAGCGCGGACUCGGAGUGCCGCUCUUCUCUACGUGCUGUGCACAUGCGCGACUGCCUUUCCCUUCUUCCUCCGCUUCCCCUGGCGUCCACGGUUCACGGAUCCGCCGCCAGAGCGGCGGAGAAGUCGGGAAGUGCAAGAUGGCCGCCGCGGAGGCCCCGUCGUUGCGGGAGCAGCCGGAAAUGGAUGAUGCUGAUAAUUCUGAAAAGAGUGUAAAUGAAGAAAAUGGAGAAGUAUCAGAAGACCAAUCUCAAAAUAAACACAGUCGUCACAAAAAAAAGAAGCAUAAACACAGAAGUAAACAUAAGAAACAUAAACAUUCCUCAGAAGAAGAUAGGGAUAAAAAACACAAACAUAAGCAUAAGCAUAAGAAACACAAAAGAAAAGAAGUUAUAGAUGCCUCUGACAAAGAAGGCCUCUCCCCUGCAAAAAGAACUAAACUUGAUGAUUUAGCUUUGCUGGAAGACUUGGAAAAACAGAGAGCCUUGAUUAAAGCUGAGCUUGAUAAUGAGUUAAUGGAGGGAAAGGUCCAGUCUGGAAUGGGGCUCAUUUUACAAGGCUAUGAGUCUGGCUCCGAAGAAGAAGGGGAGAUUCAUGAAAAGGCAAGAAAUGGAAAUAGGUCCAGUACCAGGUCUUCCAGUACACGGGGAAAACUUGAAAUUACAGACAACAAAAAUAGUGCAAAAAAACGAAGUAAGAGCAGAUCCAAAGAACGGACUAGACACAGGUCGGACAAAAGGAAAAGCAAGGGAGCUGUUGACAUGGCGAGAGAGAAAGCAAACAGGAGCAAGUCCAAGGAGAGGAGGAAAUCCACAAGUCCGUCCAAAAGAAGCAAGUCUCAAGACCAAGCAAGAAAAUCAAAGUCCCCUACCCUUAGACGGCGGUCCCAAGAAAAAAUUGGGAAGGCCAGAUCUCCUACUGAUGAGAAGAUUAAGAUUGAAGAUAAAGGUAAAAUAAAGGAUAGGAAGAAAUCACCAAUUGUAAAUGAAAGAAGUCGAGAUCGAUCUAAAAAAUCCAGGUCGCCAGUUGACUUAAGAGAUAAAUCCAAAGACAGAAGGUCAAGGUCCAAAGAGCGAAAGUCAAAACGGUCUGAAAUUGACAAAGAAAAGAAGCCAAUUAAAUCUCCUUCAAAAGAUGCCUCUUCUGGGAAGGAAAAUAGGUCACCUAGUAGAAGACCUGGCCGGAGUCCUAAAAGAAGAAGUUUGUCUCCAAAACAGCGAGACAAGUCAAGAAGAAGUAGAUCCCCACUUGUCAAUGACAGAAGAUCUAAGCAGAGCAAAUCACCUUCUCGAACUCUGUCUCCAGGUAGAAGGGCCAAGAGCCGAUCCUUAGAAAGAAAACGAAGAGAGCCAGAGAGGAGACGACUUUCUUCUCCAAGAACACGACCUCGAGAUGAUAUCCUCAGUAGAUGCGAACGAUCAAAAGAUGCCAGCCCCAUCAAUAGGUGGUCUCCAACCCGAAGAAGAAGUAGGUCUCCCAUUAGAAGAAGAUCCCGUUCCCCAUUGAGACGCAGCAGGUCUCCAAGAAGAAGAAGCAGGUCUCCUCGGAGAAGAGAUAGGAGUCGAAGGAGCAGGUCACGCUUGAGAAGAAGGUCUCGAUCACGGGGUGGUCAUAGGAGAAGGAGCAGAAGCAAAGUAAAAGAAGAUAAAUUUAAAGGAAGUCUCUCUGAAGGAAUGAAAGCUGAGCAAGAGUCUUCAUCUGAUGAUAACCUUGAAGAUUUUGAUGUAGAGGAAGAGGAUGAAGAGGCUCUAAUAGAACAGAGGAGGAUACAGAGGCAGGCGAUUGUGCAGAAAUAUAAAUAUCUUGCUGAAGAUAGCAAUAUAUCUGUGCCAUCUGAGCCGAGCAGCCCCCAGAGCAGCACGAGGUCACGAUCACCUUCUCCAGAUGACAUCUUGGAGCGGGUGGCUGCUGAUGUAAAAGAAUAUGAGCGGGAGAAUGUUGACACAUUUGAGGCCUCAGUAAAAGCCAAACAUAACCUGAUGACAGUUGAACAGAAUAAUGGGUCAUCUCAGAAGAAGCUUUUGGCGCCUGAUAUGUUUACGGAAUCUGAUGAUAUGUUUGCUGCUUAUUUUGAUAGUGCUCGUCUCCGGGCUGCUGGCAUUGGGAAAGAUUUCAAAGAGAAUCCCAACCUCAGAGAUAAUUGGACAGAUGCAGAAGGCUAUUACCGAGUGAACAUCGGGGAAGUCCUAGAUAAGCGUUAUAAUGUAUAUGGCUACACUGGGCAGGGUGUGUUCAGCAAUGUUGUCCGUGCCAGGGAUAACGCUAGAGCCAAUCAGGAAGUGGCUGUCAAGAUCAUCAGGAACAAUGAACUCAUGCAAAAGACUGGUUUAAAAGAACUAGAGUUCUUGAAGAAACUUAAUGAUGCUGAUCCUGAUGACAAGUUUCAUUGCCUGCGCCUCUUCAGACACUUUUACCACAAGCAGCACCUCUGUCUUGUAUUUGAGCCUCUCAGUAUGAAUUUGCGAGAGGUAUUAAAAAAAUAUGGUAAGGAUGUUGGUCUUCAUAUUAAAGCUGUAAGAUCCUAUAGUCAACAGUUGUUCCUGGCAUUGAAACUCCUUAAAAGAUGCAAUAUCCUGCAUGCAGAUAUCAAACCAGACAAUAUUCUGGUUAAUGAAUCCAAAACCAUUUUAAAGCUUUGUGAUUUUGGAUCGGCUUCGCAUGUUGCAGAUAACGACAUAACACCUUACCUUGUCAGUAGAUUUUACCGUGCUCCGGAGAUCAUUAUAGGAAAAAGCUAUGACUAUGGUAUCGAUAUGUGGUCUGUAGGUUGCACCUUAUAUGAACUCUAUACUGGAAAAAUCUUAUUUCCUGGCAAAACUAAUAACCAUAUGUUGAAGCUCGCAAUGGACCUCAAAGGAAAGAUGCCAAAUAAAAUGAUUCGGAAAGGUGUAUUCAAAGACCAACAUUUUGACCAAAAUCUGAACUUCAUGUACAUAGAGGUUGAUAAAGUAACAGAGAGGGAGAAAGUUACUGUCAUGAGCACCAUUAAUCCAACUAAGGACCUGUUGGCUGACUUGAUUGGCUGCCAGCGACUUCCUGAAGAUCAACGUAAAAAAGUACACCAGCUAAAGGACUUGUUGGACCAGAUCCUAAUGUUGGACCCGGCUAAGCGAAUUAGCAUCAACCAGGCCCUGCAGCAUGCAUUCAUCCAGGAAAAAAUUUAAAUGAGAUGAAGAAACUCCAAGGGUUUGAGUAAUUAAAUACAAAGACUGAAGAAAUUUCACAGCAGUUUAUUAUUAAUGUAUAUAAACUUAUAAAUAUUUCUGCAGCAAAUUUGAGGAAGCAUGAUAUAUUUGAAUUAACACCAAGGGUGAUAUUUCUUUUAGAAAUGUUAGUUAAUCUGUUUUGUGUCUUAUGUGAAAUUUCACUGUAGAAAUGUUUUAAUUGCCAAGACUGCACAAAAUUACAGUGCUAAUGUAUAUGGUUGCAGUUCACAUAAAAGACAAAAGCAUCUGUUAUGAGUAGCAGUGCUGGGUGGUUGAUUUGUUUUUAGCAGACUUGGCUUCAUUUUGGUCUUCAGAUACAAUGGCCAGCAUAAAUGCUGUUUAUAUUCACGUUUUCCUAGGUGUGUGUGUGCAGGCCACAGCAGCAUGCCCUUGGUGUAGUCAGUGCCGAAGGGAGUCUGUUCCUUCUUGAGCCUGCCUGCAGGGAUGUCUCCUCUUUUAAAGCAGGUUGUGUACAACAUUCAGUACACUGAAGGUAAGCUAAACCAUCAACAUCACCAGUGUUUUAAGAUGUUAUUUUAUUGGAGUAAUUGAAAAUGAGGGAUAGCUUUGUGGCAGAAUUUCCUGCAUGUGUGAUAACUGAUCUUGUUUUAUUUUUUGGCAUCGCAACUGUGGCAUAGUGACAGUUUCUGUUCUGUUCAUCACAUUUAAAAUUGGAAGCGUAUGCGCUUGAUGGGUAGAGCGCCUUCAGUGUACUGUUUCUUAUUAAUUUUACUUUUUUUUAAUCAACUUGCUAUAGACUUUAUAUACAUUUUGUUAAAUACAGUUCUUAGUGACAUAGAAACUGCAUAGUUUUCAUUUACUGAUUAAAAUGUUGAGGCCUCCUUCUGAAAGUCCUCAUAUUUAAAAGAUAGACAACAUAAUGAGAUUUUUAACUAUUUGUAUGUCAUUUUGAAAGUGUACUGCUUUAUGGUAAAAGUGUUUUUCAUUUGUUCAUUGUUUGCAUUAUUUGUGAUCAUGUUGUCUUUCAAUACAGGCAUAAACCUUCCACUCUUGAACAAAGCAGCUGCUUUUUAAAAGCGGUAAUUGCUUCUUUACCUUUUAUUUCUUUUGUAAAUGAAGCUUUUCUUUAAAAUGUGACUUUAAAGUGUUGUCUAUUGCAUAAACAGUUGACACUCACUUACUGUAAAGUGAACAUUGUUCUACUGCAUGGGAAGUGGACCAUGCAGAUUUCUGUAUGUUCUCAGUAUGCAUCACUAGAUAAUAAAGUCUUUUGUGAACAAGGCAUUUGUAGCCAUUUUUAAAAGAUUUUGUCUUCAGUGCUGGUAAGUCAGGUAAACUGUAAAUAGUUUUAAAAAAGUCUUUGUUUUUCUCCUGAAAGUGUUAUCUCUAAAUAUAUAACUCAGUCUAGCCUGAUUUUUAAAUUUUUCUUAAUAAUUAGGGUCUUAAUUACUUCAUCCAGUUAAGAAGUCCUGCAAAUUUUGUCAGCUCUCAGUGUAGUGAGGUUAUUCCUGUAGGUUAUGGGGUAUAACUCAGGAUUUAACUAAUGUUUCUGCUAUUUUCUCACUUUUCCUUUUGAUGGUGCGGAAAGAGAAAAGGAAAACGGGGCACAGGCCAUUCGACGCCUUCUCCAAGGGGUCUGAUUUGCUGAGACACCAGCUUCACCUUCUUAACAAGGUUAUUUCUGACAGCAUGUGUAGAUAAACAUUUAGCAACAAUUUAAAACAAAAUCAUGUAAAUCAGCUUGGUUUUGCAACACAAAGGAAUUUGUAUUUUAAUAUGGUAGAAGAGAAUUUUCAAAAUCCUAUGUAAUCUUUUGUUUGGGAGUGGGUAAACUUACUGCUUAUCUCCCUGAGGAUUAUGGAGAACAAUAAAAUUUUGGGGUUUAAAUAAUAUUUUUACAUUGUAAAUGGGAUUUUUUUAUUCACCCAGGCACCUAAUUACAACAAGCAUGCACAUUUUGGUGCAUUCAAGAAUGGAAUAUCAGAGUAGCAGCAUUCUCCUGGUGGGUUAUGCUCCAUUUAAAGACAUGAAAUGAACUACACAGCCAGGAAGGUGGUAGAUGAGAUAAUAAGCCACCUAUGAACCUACACCGUCUCUUCAUGGUUAGCCUUACUAAAAUACAUACAAGGUGAUUUUCAUCUGCAGGUAGAGUGAGGCCUUUUAAAUAAGGCGUCACAGUGCAGCAUCCACCUUAAUGAUCUGAGUAGUGAUUUUCCCACCAUGAUUUACUUUAUUUUGGUGCUGGUAUGCUGCAUAUUCAAGUCUUUUGUAGUUGUUUUCACUCAGUUAAUGCUUUGCUUCUGGUGCUUUUCAUGGCAUCAUUGUAUAGUUAUUUAAAAAGUUAAUUUCCACUAGAAACAAUUCAUCUUAUGCCUUCAAAGCUAUUGCCUGCUCUUUAAAAAAAACAAAGUUGCUUGUUACUUGUUCUUUGUGUUUUAGGUGCAGCUCAGUGGAAGAUGAUGACAGCCGGAAGACAUGAGCCAAGGUUUCUGUCUCAUAAAAGAUCUUUUCAGUUCUCAUUUAGUGUGUGUUUCCUUUUUAGUUUCGGCAUUAUAAUCUAGGUUUCAUUGCUGUGGUACUUAGAGUAGUAGUGCUGUUGUGCUCAUCUGUAAAGUGCUUGUUUUAUCACAUGUGCUGCAGCUACUCCCUUCCUCUAAAUAAAACUCAGGGUUAGUCAUAUAAAAAGCCCACAUUGUGGUUGUCAGGAUUAGGUCCCAAAGAUCACUAAGAAAACAAAAGCUGCCAAGUUAGUGUACAUUUGAAAGUAAUCUUCAGUUGGGGGGGGGGGUGGCCACACCUCUAAUCUCAGCACUGGGGAAGUGGAGCAAGAAAGAUUUGGAAUUCAAGGCCUACCUGGCCUAUCUGAGCGCCCCCUUCCCUUUUAAUUCUUUAGCUUAAGCUGGUACCUAAAUUGUAUGAAUAGUCUAAGAUUCUAAUAUGCUGUUUGACUCCUUUAAUAGCUGGUCUUUCCCUUAGUCCUUUGUGACCAGCUUUUUAACACCAGAGACUUAAAAUAGUAAUAGCAGACGUGGGGGGGGGGGUGAGAAAGGGGGUGCAGUUCCCAAAGGAACUCUGGAAACCGGAUUAGGUACACACUCCAUUCUACUUGAGCUGGUGUGACUUUGCGGAGGUGGAAGUUUGCAGUUGUUUGGGACCUCUGUUAGGUUGAGGUCAUUUGGUGAAUGAUCGAUCCUAUUUAACAAAUCUGUGUUCAUGUUUCUGAAUAGCUGAAUAGUUUUCACAUAAAUGUCUUGAACUUUAGGCUUUCAUACUUUACAGAAAAAAUGACAAGUGAUUAAUCAGACUUGAGGUUCAUAAAACUAUUUUGUCUUUUAGAAAAAUUUUAAAGCCAAGUUUUGUUUUUGUUUUUUUUAGGAAGUAAAGAAUACCAAGAUACAUGGAUAUUCAUGUAAUCAUUAUACACGGGCAGUUAAUCCAAAGAUCUUCUAACAUUAAAACCCUUAUUCUGGGCAGUGUAUGCACACACCUUGAAGAGUGUCCAGAAAACUUUUAAGUAUAAUGUGAUCAUCUAAGGUUAGAGGAGGGAAAGACAGUCAGGAAGCAUCCAUUAUAGAUGUUAGGUCUCUUGCCAGACUUUGUUCUCAGGGACUAUCAGAAACUCCCUCGAGUUCAAUGGUUCUGAACAGGAGCAGCAUUGUAAACAGCAACCUCCCCAUAUUUGUAUUUGCACUAAAGUCCUGAUUAACGUAACAGCGUUCUGUUUCUUCAUUCCCAGUGGCUACCUUCUCAGCUAUUUUGUUUAAAAUGAUAGUAAUAAUAAUAAUAACGUGACUUAUAUGUUGCCAUUGUAGUUACCACCUUUUUUUUUCAAAUGAAACUAAAUACUCAGGACAUUUUUGGAAUAGAAAAUACAUAUUUUAUUGUAUAGCAGAUUUAGUGAAAUGUAGUAUUCUCAUUUUGGCCCUAGGUUUGCAUUUCUUCUAGUCUACUCUACCUGCAUAGGUAGAAAUAGCCUCUGAAAUGAAACAAAGGAAUCACAUGUAAAAUUUAGGUUAAGCAUUUAGGGGAUGAGAUUAUAUAGUGAGAUGUGAUUAUAUAGUAUAUUUCCUUUCUUAUGACACCAUUAGCAGUUGGACUCUAAUGUUUUUUAGUAUUGUUCUGUGGCCAUAAUAUAUUCAGCAUGAAUUUAUUCUCCUACAUGCAAUGUUCUUAUACAAAUGUUCACUGCAAAUUCAUUUGUAAUUUUUACAUGUCAAUGAUGUAUGCCAAGUUGACUAUAAAAUGUGUUUUGUUUUUGUUUUGUUUUGUUGGUUACAUUGAAAUACCACUGUGGCAUCCUUACUUUCUCUUCUUCUGUAUAUAGGGUAAGGGACUGUUCUGAAGAACCAUUCCAUUUAGUGAUCAAGAUACAGAAGCUGCUCUCAGAAAAUGCUUGAUGUGUAUCCUAAUUGUUCGUGAUACCAUUCGAGUUAUAACUUGCGCUGUAGCAGCAAAUGACCCCAACAACUUAAUAGGAAGCUUAAUAAAGUGUGCCUAUUGCUACCA